CGCCGGGAGCCUCCCUCCGGCCCCUCGCUCGGCGCACGCAGCCCCGCAGAGCAGCUGUCUUUCCGGACGCCAGCCGCCGAGCGGACGCACGCAGUUUGCGCCCGAGGCCACUGAGGAUCUCCGAGGAUCGGGGACAGCUAUCCCUUUAGGCCGCAGAGCCUCCGCCGAGCACGACUCGCCGCCAGAAUGCUUCUCCUGCUGCUGGGUAUCAUCGUCCUCCACGCCGCGGUGCUCGUGCUGCUGUUCGUCUCCACGAUCGUCAGCCAAUGGGUGGUGAGCAAUGGACACGCGACCGACCUCUGGCAGAACUGUAGCACCUCUUCACUGGGCAACGUCCAACACUGUUUCACAUCGUCAGCAAACGAAUGGCUGCAGUCCGUCCAGGCCACCAUGAUCCUGUCCAUCAUCUUCAGCGUUCUGUCCCUGUUCCUGUUCUUCUGCCAGCUCUUCACCCUCACCAAGGGGGGCCGGUUUUACAUCACCGGAGUCUUCCAGAUCCUCGCGGGUCUGUGUGUGAUGAGCGCGGCAUCUAUCUACACGGUCAGGCACCCGGAAUGGCAUCUCAGCUCGGAGAACUCCUACGGCUUUGCCUACAUCCUGGCUUGGGUGGCCUUCCCGCUGGCCCUCCUCAGCGGCGUCAUCUAUGUGAUCUUGCGGAAACGUGAAUGAGGCACCGGGACAGGACGUCCGAGGGUCUGAGCGCACGCAGGGAGGGAGGAAGUAAACCAGAAGCCAGGAAAAAAAAGGAGCUAGCCAAAAAACCCAAACUCAAACCAAACCAAACAGAAAGCAGGUGCGGGGGGGGGUGGUUAGUGUUGAUUGAAGAUGUAUAUAAUAUCGACGGUUUAUAAAACCUAUUUAUAACACUUUUUACAUAUAUGUACAUAGUAUUGUUUGCUUUAUGUGUUGACCAUCAGCCUUGGGUUGAACCUUAAAGUAGCUAAGGAACUUGACAUCCUAACCGUAUAAUCAAGCUCAGUUUUUUUGUUUGUUUUCGUUUGUUUUGCCCAGAAAUAAAAUAAGUCCAUCUUGCCCCUUCCCUUUCGUCUGAAAGAAGAUACCUCCCUCCCACUCCACCUCGUUUAGAAAACCAAAGUGUGGAUAGAAACCCCAAAUGGCCCAAAGCCCUUUUACUGUGGGUGACCCAGUGCGUCACACGCAGACAUGCACUGCCCACGCCUCUGUGUGCAGCCUUACCUGCACUCAGACAGAACCCCCCAAACUGGAGCCCUCGGAGAAUCACGGCUUGUGGCUUUGGAAUACUUGCCCUUGAAGGGGGGGGUGUCCCAGUCACGCAUCUAGGUGAGAUAUUGGUGACAACAAACCUACGAAGUGGUGCUAUGUAUUUACCAUUCCUUACGAUCACUAAUCAUCUAAACGCCUCACUGGAAAUUCAAUUAACAAUUUUACAGCAUGAAGUCGAAUGGAGACCUGAAUAAUUCUGUGUAAGAUAAAUGGUUUAUAACCACGUUUGUACUUAGCUAGGCUGCUGUUAUUACUAUAAUAAAUAACAAACCACCGCCUUUAUCACUCCCACGUUUUCCUUAUGGUCGGAACAUCAGGACAAGCUUCUAGACCCCCUGGGACAGUGGGUUCCCGGGAUGCAGCAGGGUCUAGACUGUCCUCUGACUCCAAGGACUGUCUGGCAAUGACUCGUACUGGCCACCAACUGUAGAUGUAUAUACGGGGCCCUUCUGAUGCUAAGACUCCAGACCUUUUUUUUUUUUUUUUUUUUUUUUUUAUAUUUUUUGCUUAGCUUUUUCUGAUUUUAUACCAACUGUGUGGACUAAGAUGCAUUAAAAUAAACAUCAGAGUAACUCA